AUGACUGAUGUGCAGCUUUGUCAGAACCAAACCUCCGGGGAGAUACUACUCACCCAGCUCCAAGAUGCGAUCACGCAGUACGAUGCUACUGCCGGAUUCUCCUGCAGCGGAUCCCUUAACAUCAGCUACACCAAGCCUAAUAGGUUUGACAAGGCAGAAAAGCCAACAUGCCCCGAGCCUGCCAUAUUCUGGCAUACGGGCAAAGUAGGCAAGCGCCUUACUCUCGCCGGCCGCUACACCACUCCAAAGCCUUGGGAAAAUAGUCUGGAUGAGUUGGUGGAAGAUUGCCGACCCGCCACUUUCGGACGCGACGGCAAAGAUGUGUUGGAUGAAAAGAUUCGCAAGGCCGGGGCGAUGGAAGCCAGCUGCUUUGCAACCAAUUUUAACCCUUACGACUGUGGCAUUGUGGACGCCAUUGGCCGUAAACUCCUGCCCAGCAUCGUCAGAGCGGGAAAGCAACAAGCCGUGGAUCGGUGGGGUGUUUUGGCCAAGCUCUAUAAGCUGAACGUGUAUUCCGCCCCAUCAGGCAUGUUCAAACCGCACGUCGAUACUCCCCGUGGGCACACUCACUUUGGUUCGCUCGUGGUAGCACUGCCAACGACGUAUGAAGGCGGCCAAUUGCGCGUUGUCUCGAAGGGAAGGGAGACUGUAGGCCUCGAGCAACCUAAAUGGAGCUAUCCUCCGAGUAUUCGAUGGAUUGCUUUCUACAGCGAUUGCGAGCAUGAGGUUCUGCCAGUUACAGCCGGACAUCGCGUCACGCUCACUUAUGAACUCUGGGUUGCCGACUACCUUGACGGCCUUACCCAAUCUCAAGCCAAAACACCAGGUUCAGCACUCUACGCUAUCUAUGAAAGGACCAAAGCCAUGCUCUCAUGCCUACAUCUACUUAGGUACGGUGGGGUUAUCGGGUACUGGUGCGCGUACCAGUACCCUGAGACAUUUAUUGGUACAGAGUACUACGAGCGCUAUCUGCACCCUUAA